GCGAGCGGGACGGGCUCGGGGGCCACGGGCCGCCACCUUUUGCUUUCCUGCCGGCCAUGGAGCGGCUGACGUUGCCUCCCGGCGGCGCGGCGGCCGUGGACGAUUACCUGGAGUAUCGGAGAAUUGUUGGUGAGGAUGAUGGAGGGAAACUUUUUACUCCUGAAGAAUAUGAAGAAUACAAAAGGAAAGUUUUACCUAUGCGUUUACAGAACAGAUUAUAUGUGAGCUGGCAGUCACCAACUGGAAUGGAUUGUAAACUUGUUGGCCCAGAGACGCUAUGUUUUUGUACGCAUAGGUAUAAACAACAUAAAACUGACUUUGAAACGAUUCCACAGCAGCAUCCCAUUGAUCUGCCUUGCCGAGUGACUGGCUGCCUCUGCAAGGCUUACCAUUAUGUGCCUUUGAAUGGUACCCAACCCAUUCGCUGCAGGUGCAAACACUUUGCUGAUCAGCACAGUGCUGCUCCUGGCUUUUUGUGCAACGCAUGUUCCAAGUGUUCAGGAUUCCAUAGCCCCUUCAGUUGUGCUUGUGGUCAGCCUGCAUAUACCCAUGACACAGUAGUGGAAACUAAGCAAGAAAGAUUGGCUCAGGGAAAACCAGUGGGACAGGAUGUUCCUUAUGCAGCAAUGGGAGGAUUAACUGGCUUCAGCUCACUGGCAGAAGGCUACCUGCGAUUAGAUGACAGUGGGAUCGGUGCACCUUUGGUUGAAUUUUUAGACUCUCCAGUUACCACCAUGGACCACCCAUUUCUAAAAGCAUUUCAAGGACCAUCUAGUCCCUCUAUAGAAACACUAACAAAUGCAGGUACAAGUAGUCAAGUUUCUUCCUUAAGGAGACCCGAAGAGGAUGAUAUGGCUUUCUUUGAAAGACGAUACCAGGAAAGGGGAUAAGGCAGUGAUGUGCCUCUGGAAACUGGUGUGAAUGGUAAUCAGGAAGAGGCAGGUGGACUUUGGGUUUUUUGGGAUCUUUAGUUCCAUGGAAAAGGUCUACGUUUAGAAAGUUAGAAGGCCACUGCUUAGGGUAUGUGUGCUUCUUUUUUGCUGUAACUGCAGUGGAGGAGGACAAGACCUUCAGGAGGGUAGCUGUGAAAAUGUAGAAACCAGAAUUAUAGGAAAACAUCCUUAAAGCAGUCCAUGUUCCAGAAAUAAUACAGCUGGAUUAGGUAUAUUCUGUAACCCUGUAGGGAAUGUGCAUAGGCUGGAUGUAAGGUUAGGCAUUUAAGCUUUUAAAAAAAAUUUUAGUGGCAAUCAAAAUUCAUUCUUUUCUCUAAAGUAACAUUCAUUUAUAUGUUAUUUUUAUUAAAAUGCUUCUGCAAGGUUAAAAUCAAACCAUUUUAAAAUAUGCAAUUAUGUCCCUUUAACUAUCACAUUUUAGCUUUAGUAUUUAGCAGUUUAACAACUGUAUGGAAUGACUGUGAUAAAUAAAACAUGAAUCCAAAUGAGGCAUGUGCAACCUUUUUUUCCCUUUAGAAUGGUUUACAAAUUAUUGUAUCAAUAAGUAUUUUAAAUUUACAGAUAAAAAUGGAAAAGGCUGCUACGCAGAAAGGAAAAGCUCCAUCGCUAUCAAGUACAAAACCUUCAUGAAGACUAUCAGAGAAA